GACAUGGUGGAUGGAUGACUUGAGUUUCCCUUGCGGUAUGAAGAUUAAUGGAAGGGGCUCUGGUGAUUUUUAGGAAUCGAAUAGUAGCUCGGCGCUCCUACGAAAUGGUUUGUUUUGAUAGGUGUUAGAAAUUAAUGUACGGACAAUCAUUUUGGAAUAGAUAACCGGGUCACCAAUUUAAACGGAAUACUUUUUUUUUUUUCGGGAAGUCUGUUGGAAAGGCCGACCUACACAGACAGCACCCGCUUAGCUCAAGGCCAGGGUACGACGGCGAGUGCUAACGCCAGAAAACAUCUUUACACUCUGUCACAUGCACCUAACUGAGUUUAAGACGUCUCUGGAAACAAAGGACAAUCGAGUAUCGCCGACAUUCCCAUGUAAAUUGACGACACUGGGCUGUUAAGCUAGCGUCCAUUGGCUACUCUUGCUAGUUAGCGUGCUAGCUUUGCUAACAAACAGUUUAUGCUAUCUACAGACUCGACUGGCUGCUGCAACUUUUCUGAGCUCGUCAGGUAACGGAAAUUAAUUCUUUGUUUUUUACACCCGUUCAACAAUGAUGAUAGCCGUUAGCUAGUAGCUACCCGCUAGCUUCAUUGAGCUCAGACAGUUAGCGAUAGCAUCACUUGUGAGCUAGGAAAGGAAGAAAAGUCUGUCCGGGCCCAGGGAGUACACCGUCAGGCUGCCAUCAUGGGCAACACGCCCACCGCUAAGAAGGGCAACGAGAUGGAGAGUGUGAAGGAGUUUCUUGCCAAAGCCAAAGAAGAUUUCCUGAAGAAAUGGGAAAAUCCUUCACAGCAAACUGCGGCAUUGGACCACUUUGAGCGUUUGAAGACUUUAGGCACUGGUUCAUUUGGACGAGUCAUGCUGGUGAUACACAAAGAAUCAGGACAGCAUUAUGCUAUGAAAAUACUUGACAAACAGAAGGUGGUGAAACUGAAGCAGAUAGAACACACGCUGAAUGAGAAACGUAUCCUGCAAGCUGUCAGCUUUCCCUUCCUGGUGCGGCUGGAGCACUCUUUUAAGGACAACAGUAAUCUGUAUAUGGUAAUGGAGUACGUACCCGGUGGUGAAAUGUUCUCACACUUAAGGAGAAUUGGUAGAUUCAGUGAGCCACAUGCCCGCUUCUACGCAGCCCAGAUCGUACUGACCUUUGAGUAUCUUCACUCGCUGGAUCUUAUAUACCGAGAUCUCAAACCAGAGAACCUGCUAAUUGAUCAGCAAGGUUACAUACAGGUAACAGAUUUUGGAUUUGCAAAAAGGGUGAAAGGCCGAACCUGGACGCUUUGUGGAACCCCAGAGUACCUCGCACCAGAGAUUAUCCUCAGUAAAGGUUACAAUAAAGCGGUGGACUGGUGGGCUCUGGGAGUGCUGAUAUAUGAGAUGGCUGCAGGCUACCCUCCUUUCUUUGCAGACCAGCCUAUUCAGAUUUAUGAGAAGAUUGUAUCAGGGAAGGUUCGCUUUCCAUCCCACUUCAGCUCAGAUCUGAAGGACUUGUUGAGAAACCUGUUGCAGGUGGACCUGACUAAACGCUUUGGCAACCUCAGAAAUGGAGUCAGUGAUAUCAAAGGACACAAGUGGUUUGCCACCACUGAUUGGAUUGCCAUCUACCAGAGGAAGGUGGAAGCUCCCUUUAUUCCCAAGUGCAAAGGCCCCGGCGAUACAAGCAACUUCGAUGACUAUGAAGAAGAAGAAAUCAGAGUCUCCUUCACAGAGAAGUGUGCAAAGGAGUUUGCCGAGUUCUAAUUUCCAUCCACGAGUAGCGGAGAGAAACAGGGGUUUAGAAAGAAAAAGGGGGUCUGAAGAAAGUCAGAAAGCCUUGGAGAGGACUGCUAACUUAUUUGUAAUGACGGCAACAAUGUAAAGUCCCACCCCACCCCCACCCCCAGUGGAAAGAUAGGCAAAGUGAAGAAAGGUCCAACAGAACCAGCAGCGUUGCCUUUUCUAAUUGUUUCUCAACUGUAACCUAUUAAUUUUAUUUGUCCAUCUCGUAUUUGUGGCAGGAACUUGAGGAGAACAGGUGUAGGUUGUGGCUGUUCAGUGAGAUUUGUCUCUUUCUGAUGAUGUAACGACACAUUUCAGCCUUUGCAGGUUGAGGCGUUUUGGGUUUUCUCUUAAGGGACUGAAUCUGCUUGGCUCUUUUCAAACAAGCCCUCUCUACAAGCUUCUUAACACUUGAUUGUUGUAUCUUGUCACACGCCCCACCCACCCCAUGUCUCCAUCCCAAAUCUGUCCAAGCAAUACAAAGUCCAUCGGAUGUGCCUAUCAUAAUGCCAACUGGCUGGAAAGGCAUCGAACGCAUUGGUGCAGAGCUCUUGGCCGUAGCGCCGGCAGCCUCGUAGCGCCGGCAGCCUCGUAGCGCCCAUUUUGGUUGGAGGUUCAACACUCUGCAUUUGCUGUUGUCUGCUCAAUGUAGCGCGAUUAUUGCAUAGCCGAUGUGCUCACGGCUCGCGCUGUGAGCAGUGAGUGACGAGCUGUUUGGUCAGAGUAGAGAAAACGAUCGAUCACAGUAAACUUCAACUUGGUCUGAAUGUGUUGGCUCCUGUGAGAAAUGGUGAACGUGAACUCUGCAUUUAUGGUCUCUUUGUCUUGGCUGAAUUAGAUCAUUUUUUAUAUAUAUACUGUUAAUCAUUUUGUCCUUUUAUGUCAGGCUCAGCUUGUGUGUUAUUUAGUGCUCAAAGGUUGGUUAUAAAGCAUUUAUUUGGCACCAACUAACAUUGUGGACACACUCCUGGCUAUUUUUAUUUAAUUCAUAGUACAUUCAUACAUGUAUAUUAGAUAUAUGAUGGAGAACAUGACAUAAUCACCUUUUUCACCACGUUUCUCAUACUUGUGAAACUGAAUAAAGAUUUCAUAAAUAAAGCUAUUCUGCAAAUUUGAAAACUUAGAACACUGCAAACUUUUCUGUAUUGUAUUAAGGUGGUGGUGGACCUUAAUACGCAAAAAAGUAGCAAACCUUUCAACAAAUUGUGCAUGUUAUUUUUGUACAAUAUCACUUUUCAAGUAACGAGGCAGAGAUUAUAGAUAACUGAGAAAUGGAAUCUCGAUGGCGCUGUUUGACGAUGGAACAAGACUCAGUUCAAUGUGUCUCAAAUCCAGAGUCCUUCUCGGCUUUGUUAAUUAUUCAUGUGUAGAGAAACCAUUGCUAAUAAUUAUCACUCAGCGUGUGCUUCUUACCUUCAAUGUUUCCACCCUCCUCUCUUGUACAUACCUUUGCGUGUAUAACAGGGAAGUAGAUUUGCAGUCCAACCAGAUUAUGGGGACUGAGAUUGAAGGGUUUGUUUUUCAGCUUUCUGUAUCACAAAAUCGAACAGCGGAAGCCACCCUAAAGCUGUUGCUGUUUGCCAAGAUUUCUGUGGAUGCAAGACAAUCACAGAGCACAUCAUUUUUUUUUUUAGUUUGAUUGAAGAAAUAUCUUUGAUUUGAUGGAUGUGCACCUUUGCACCAACCUUUCUAGGCUCCUAUAGGUGCUAGACUGUCCAUCUUACUAAAAUGUGUCUGUGAAUUGUUUGUGCAUCAGUCCGUUUCUCAUGAAGUCUUGUAACACGACCUUUUUGUGAAUGUUGUGGAGUAAAAAAAAAAAAAAAAAUUCAGUAGGCUUGAGUAAUUGUUAUGGCAGUCCUGAUGUAAAGAUCAAAUGUAAGAUACCACUGAAUGUCUUGAAUUGUCUGACGGUGUUUCAGUACUCUUUGGAAACUUUUUAUUUUUUAAACCAUGUUUGCCUGGUAGAGUUUUUUUUUUUUUUGUGUCCUUAACUAUUUCUUGCAUGUGACAAAAUGACCCAAUAGCAAGUGAUUACUGAGACCUGCAACCUGUUAAAGAAAAACCAUCAUGUUUAUACAGCGAAGUCAUUUUGCUGUUUAUUCUUUGGUAGAGCGUGACACUGAACUGUGGAUCAUCAUCCAACCUGUUCAGUCUUUUGAAGCACAUGCAGCCCUUCAGAUGUUCUCUUAAAAUGACUUGUGCUAAUGUUUGCAUUAUUUGAAAUUGCUGAAAUUCAAUGUAAAGCUUUGAAGAGAGCACAUGUACUAUCUUUGGUUGAUGUUCUGACAUAAACGACUGAAUCAGUGGGUAGGUAGAAGGCGACGCAACUCGACUUCAAACACACUGUCACAGUGCUUUUCAUUCUUCCCGUGCACAAACGUUUGCCGCCGUCUGUUCUUUUCUAUUACUUAACCGCUAUCAGCAACUCAGCAUAGGUUUUUCUUCCUCUUUGCGUUCUACAUGGGUGCAGAUUCUACACGCUGUUCAUUUAAACAUAAAAGCAUCAUUACUGUUUCAUCUGAGAUGUUUUACUCAUAUUUUCUAAUUGUCUUUUCAAAAAAGGUGGAAAAACACAAAAACAAUCUUUUCCUCAUGAACUGGGUACAGUGGUGGUGUAGUCUAUUGUACCUUUUGAGAAACAAUACUGUAUAUCCUUGCCUUUGACAGUCUUAACUAUCUUACCCUCUGAAGAACUUGACAGAUACCCUUAGAACACAAUGAGUAUGUUUAAAAAAAAAUAUACAUAAAGUAAUAUUUUGCAAAAUGUAUCAUUCCAAUAAAGUUUUACUUGUUAAGUC